GGACCAACACCUCUUCCUUGUGACCAGCAGUUCGUUUAGUUGGAGGUGAUGCAAUAUCUGGGAUUAUUGAAGUGUACCAUGAUGGGGCCUGGGGGAGAUUAUGUGGGGACGCAAUCGACUCAAACAUGGAUGCCGCAGUUAUAUGUUCACAACUAGGCUUUGAUGAUGCCUAUCCCAUGCCUGUAUCUAGGCAACUAUUUGAUAACAAUGAGGCUGAAAAAUCAGGAUACUUUGUUCUUGAGUUUGUCAAUUGCUAUGGCAACGAAUCAACAAUUGGUGAAUGUCCAAAUUCAGGAUGGGGGAGCAAAAAUUCAACAUUUCAAUCAAUGUCGUGUAUAGACUUCUUGGCAUCCUCAAUAUGGUGUGCACCAACUUCACCAAAAGUGCGACUGCUAGGAGGAAGGGGUGACUGGGAGGGCAAUGUGGAGGUUGAAGGUUUUGGAGAUUGGGGCUACAUGUGUAACCCAUUUCAGAAAAGGGAUGGUCCAUUUGACAAAGAACGUCUGAAUAAUGUAGCAAAGGUGAUAUGCGGUCAGCUAGGAUACAACCCAGAAGAUGCAACUAUACUAUAUGGUAAUUACUUUGAUGUCAAGGGAAGUGAACACUUCAAAUGUAAUAAGUGUCUUGAUAAACAUAUCACUCCAUUGAUCAUGUCAGAGUUACAUUGUGACGGGACAGAAUCAACACUUUUUGAUUGCAAAUACACCAGAACUGACUUGCUGUGUAGACACGAUAAAGCACUUGCCGUGUCAUGCAAGAAGGAGCCAAUCAAAUUAAGACUAGAAGGUGGGGACAGUUCAACAAUGGGCAGACUGGAGGUAUAUGGAUUUGGCUUUUGGUCUCCAGUCUGUGGAUACAAGUUCACAGAUCAAGCAGCUGCAGUUGUGUGUAAUCAACUUGAUAUUAAUCCCAACAAUGAUAGAAGUAAACCCGUUUGGUUACCUAGCCAUAGGUUUUUUGGUACCAGUUCAGACAGAAUGAGAUUGACAGGAGUUAGUUGCAGUGGCACUGAAGCAAGACUCUCAGAAUGUGAAGGAUUCACACUUGGAAGGCCACAUUAUAACCUGAUAGCAGAUUUCUGGGUAAAAUGUCGGGAAAAAGACCAGGUUGGAAUUGACUGUAAUCCAAGCCCAGUUAAAGCAAGAUUGGUCGAUGGCCCAAAUGAGAGAUCAGGUCGUGUGGAACUUUACUAUGCGGGAAAAUGGGGGACAAUAUGUGGCACCUACUUCAGCUCUAUCAGUGCUAAAAUCGUUUGCGAAAUGUUAGGAUUCAGAAACAGAGGUGGUGAUGACACAAAUGCUAUACUUCAUAAAAAAUCAGAAUUUGGCAAAGGGGAUCUGGAUCUAAUAAUGCAAUUUGCAAUAUUCUGUGAUGAGGAGAGGUUGACAUUUGAAAGUUGUGGCUCUAUCUAUUGGGAAAGUAAUGGCUGGUGUCUAAGUAGGAUAGCCCCAGUUGCUGGAGUAACAUGUGCAACCAAAAAAGAGUGUGUAGCAAAUAAUGUUCUCUACAGUCAUCGACAAAUUAUGCCUGCUCCUGAUAAUUGUAAAAGAUGUAAAUGCAGGAAGGGGAGACAAGUAUGUACAACCAAAAAGACUAAGAAAUGCAGAGAUCAACAGUCACAAUAACACAAAUAUAUAGUAUGCAAUACUAGAUCACUAGUAUACUAAAAUAUAAGGUGGAAACAUUUAUUAAGUGGAGAAAUUAAUUAAUUAAUUGUAAAAAUGAAAGAAAUUAUGCUAAAAC